UUCGCUAAUCGCUUCUUGCGCUACUCUUUAUGCUCAUAGCAGUAGGUAAUAACGGAUUACCGAAGAUAGUAUAUAAUAUAUAUGGAUGGAUGCGAGUAGUUAUAAGGGUACACAAGGAGGCCGAUGAUUAUGAACUAUGCGAGCAUGUUAUAACGCUCACAACUUGUAGUAGGCUUUUUUCGAGAUGGCGUAAUUUAAGCACGGCUUGAUUUUUAAAAAUUAUUAAAUAUGCUCUGAUGCGUUUGUAAAUUUAAAAAUCGUUAUAAAUGGCCAAUUAAUAUUAUUAAUAGACUACAAAGCAAUUUUCAAGCUGAGAUUCAGAAGAUAAAAAGAUUGCUCAAGCACAAAUGGACCGGUAUAAGUUGAAAAAAUCAUAAACAAAACUUUGGAUCAUUUCAAUAUUUUCAUUGAUUAAUACUGAGCUAAGAGUACCCGACAGGCGAAUAAAUAUUGACGUUUGAUAUCACUUGAACACAAUGGAUUUAAUUAAAAUUUCUCACGCGUAGACCCCAGCGUUCACAGAAAAAUAUUGUUAAGGAAAAUUAUCCAAUUAUCCUCAAUAAAUGAGUUUUGAAGUUAAUCGACUGUCGACUCACGGUCCAGUGACAACUAAAAUCAUCCAAUUCGAGACUUCACAGGUACAUCUAACUGAAUUUCACCAUGGCUGCAAUGGAAAACAAUUCCACCAUAGAAGCGAUUGAAUAUUUGAAUAACGAUUGUCUUCGAGAAAUUUUUUAUCAUUUGCCCAUCAUUGACCUCUUGCAAAUGGAAAAAGUUUGUAAACGAUGGACAUACGUGGCACGGGAUUCUUGGGGACGCAUCACGGGCGCCGAUUUUUACGAUUUUCUGCAAGAGGACGAUGAUACAUUGGAUGAAGAAAUAAUUCAGAAUGUCUGGAAGAGGUUUGCGAUGCGCAUAACGGGUGUCGAGCUCGACAUCACUUGCAGGACAUUCGACCUUAAUGCCUUCUUUCCAGCUUGCUGCAAAAUUAAGAGCCUCAGGUGGGAGCUGCCUGAUGAAGAAUCGUGGAUCACUACCCUCUCCCGAUGUAUCGAAAAACUUGAAAAUUUAGAUCUAACGAUAUCACCUGAUCAAGAUUUUAUCCCGAACAUAGGUGACGAUCCUUUUUUCACGGCAUUUGUAGGUCUUUUACAAGGAGCUAAAUUAGAAAAUUUGAAAAAUUUCCGUUUAAAUGUCAAACAUACAAAUUGUUCGGAUAAAAUUCUCGAAAUUGUGGAAUGGUUACCGAGACAUCUUAAAUCUCUCAAGAUUAUUAAUACGUGCAUCUUCUCCUGCAAGCUUUUAAGUGAAAUUCUCGAAAAAUUUACGCAACUUGAAUACUUGUCACUGUCCACGGGAAUAUUUCGUCCGCAAAUUAAUUUGGAAAAUACUCGUGUGUUUCUGCCAAGAACCUUAAAGUACUUAUGUAUUGAUAAAUUGACGUUCAAUUCACUGUGUUACGACUUUAUAUGUGAUUUGACGGCUUUAGAAGGCGUAAGAUUAGUCGGAGGUGAAAUGACGCACGAGGGCCUCAUAAAAGUUGCAAAAUAUUGCGAACAUUUAAAAAGCAUCGACUUAACAAAAGUUGACGGUCUUAAUGAAGCUGCUUUUGCCAUUGCGCUUCCAAUAAUGAAAAAACUUGAAACCCUGAAGUUCAGAGAAUUUUCCGAUAUGGAAGGAAGAUUUUUCAGAGAUUUGUUGGGAUUGAAAGAUGUUCACAUAGCCAAAUGUUUUAAUGUCUUACCAGUCAAUGUCUGUGAUUUACUACAUAGCAGUAAAGAUUUAAGUAGGAUAAUUUAUCAAUGUGCUAGCUCAGAAGCUAGAAUGCUUAUUGAAACUGCCAUUCAAUGUUGUGUCGAUCGAGCGCCUGACAAUUUUUUGAAUUUUAUUAUUAAAGGGGUUUUUACAGAUUGUGAUAGAUUCGAUGAUUUUUACCCGUGCCUAAAAGUGCGUAUUAUUACCGAUCAUUCGGUACCACAUAAUUUUGGUCAUAUUAAUGAGCAUUACAAUGAAGGAAAUGAAUAUUAUGUAUAAAUAUUAGUUUUUUGGUAUGUUUACAUUUUAGUUCUGAACAUCAAAAUUUUUGUUAACAUAAAUUUUGUGAUGUUGUGAGUAAAAUGUAUGUUAAUAACUUUUUAUUUAUAUAUUAAUGUUCUUGUCUGCAAUGAUGAAAUAAACUGUGUUGCUCAUAACCAAAUGCAA